AUGGUUGACUUAAACGUAAAUGGAAAAGUUGCAGUUGUUACUGGUGGUACCCGUGGGUUAGGGUUGAAUUGUGCUGAAGUUUUGGCUUUAAAUGGUGCUUCUACUGUCGUUAUCACCUCCAGAAAAGCUAAAGCUUGUGAAGAAGCUAAGCAAUAUUUAGAGAAAGUUACUAGAGAAGCUGGUAAGAAAGUGAGAAUUAUAAGUAUUCCAGCUGAUAUAGCUGUUGAAGAAGAUGCAGUCAGAUUUUUCAAUGAAGUUUCCAAACAAGUUGAUAAAGUUGAUAUUUUAAUUGCUAAUGCUGGUGCAUCUUGGGGAGCUCCAUUAGAUGAACAUCCAGUAUCUGCUGUCAAGAAAAUCUUAAACUUGAACGUUGUUGCUGUCUUCCAUACCAUUCAAUUGUUUGCUCCAUUAUUAGAAAAGGCAGGUUCCAAAGAAGAUCCUUCAAGAAUUCUUAUUAUGUCUUCAAUUGCUUCUAUUAUCACCAAUGAACCAGUUGGUACUUAUGGUUACUUAGCUUCUAAGGCUGGUGUUUCUCAUUUAGGUAAGAAUUUAGCCAUUCAAUUAGGUCCAAGAAACAUUACUGUCAAUUCUUUAGCACCAGGAUUCUUCCCAACCAAAAUGUCCAACGGUUUAUUAGAAGUCGCUGGUGAAGCUAUGGUUGAAGCUAAUCCAAGAGGUAGAUUAGGAUUAAAGGAAGAUAUUGAAGCUGUUACUUUAUUCUUAUGUUCCAAACUUUCUGCUUAUAUUAAUGGUGUAGUUCUUCCAAUUGAUGGAGGUGCUCACUUGAAUCCAGUCAGUUCCAAAUUAUAG